UUUUGAGGUUUUAAAUAUGGUUUGUCUUCUGAAAUGUAAAAAUGUUAAUAAAAAACGUAUUAAUGGAAAAAAGGAAGGAAAUUUGGAAGAAAAUAAAUUUUGUGUUGGAAAAAGUGAGGUUUUACCUCCACUGUCAAUAAAAUGUCAAGCUCCCUACAAUUGCUGUGCUCAGCUUGGGUCUCCUUUGGUAGAAUUUUGUUUUUAA